GUCUUUGUGCAGAACGACCCAAAGAGGAAACUGCCCUGACUCAAUCUCUGGCUGCCAGUCAUCAUCGUCAAUCAGUGUGAGGACAAAGUCGGAACAGAACACCCUCGCACCUCCUUUCAAAUGGAACUGCCGGUACCACAGCAGCAGCAGCAGCAGCAGCAGCAGCAACAGCAGCAGCGUGCCACAGUUCCAGCUGACCUCCACAGCGCUGCUCGCAUGGCGGACGCUCCACUCAACAACUCCUGGCCCUCCUUCUCCAAGCUCUGGAUGAAAAGGUGGUCCUUCAAGAGAGCCUCUGAGUGCAAGCCACACAGCGGACCAAUUGGACAAACAAGUCGACGUGCUAGUAAACAAGCGAGUGGACCGUGGAGUGGACCACAUGUUGCACUUCCCGCUCCUGCGGGGACAAUGUCCUCGCCCUCUCCAUCGCCUCCCUCCGUCACUGAGGUUGUCUUUUCGGAGGGCACCAACGAGGAUCAGGAUGAAUCGUCUGUAGUGAGCGAGUCUGAGGUGAAAGGUGUGGAGGUGAGCAGCAGCACGGAUGACCUGCAAGGUCUUAGCUCUUCCUUUGGAGACUCGGACUACUUCAGAGACCUGGACAUGAAUCUCGACGGUCCGUUGAAAACCAGCAGUCCCGAGCUGGCCCCCCAGACCAUAGCGCCCCAUCUGACUGAGCGAGCAUCAUCCGAAGAAGCGCCCGGCCCUCUUGUGGUUACCCAGCUGAGCCCCAAACUCUUGCCGAGCUGUGUGAUUGACAGCCACGACUCCUUCGACCUGGGAGUUGGUCUGAGCGUGACCAUUGAUCUGGACGGACUGUUGGGAUCAAUGGAAGCAAGUCCCACCGAAAGAGAAUCAUGUAACCAUGGAAACACAGUGCGUUUAAAUGGAGAUGUUGACGUCGACAGUUUUCCUAAUUUAGUGAGAUCCAUGUCGACCUCGCGAAGACACAGCUGGGGUGUCCCCCUUGCGCCCAUCAACCUGGGAAGGAGACUGAGUCUCGACACCAUUGCCGUGGACAGCGAUGGAGAUGAGGAUGAAGAAGAGCACAAUGAUCCCUUCCAGUCCACCCAGCAGAAGACUGACAGUUGCAUUGCCUGUUCACUGGAGGAAACAGACGGUCCCAAGGAAAGGGUCUCCUCUCCCACCGCUAAGACUGAUGGCGUUCCCGGCAAGCAAGUGUAUUCCCGCUCGGAGAUCCUUGCCACGGAUGAAUGUUCACGUGCAGCACACAUCUCUCGUAUUGUGCAGACAUCCAAACAGGCUGCGAGGGCAGCAGGAGCAGAGGAGUUUGACCCUGAGGAACACCUGCACUCCAAUGAGGGGCAAAGUCAUAUGCUGAUGGUACAGAAAGUUCUGCAGGAGCUAAAGUUGUACCACGGAGCCAAACAGAGGAACAACAAAGCCAAUGACAAAGAUUCUGAAAAUGUCACGUGGUACGAGUUCCUCUCCAAUGAGAAUGAGGAAGAGGAGGAUCGAAGUGAGAAGGUAGAAAAAGGCACCAAGGUAAAGAGGACUCUCAGCUCAUUGAGGAACAGGAUGACCGGCUCCUUCAAUAAAGAUAAGGGUAAGAACCGAGAGAAAGAGCAGCAGAGGGGUAAGGAGAAGGAGAGGGAUCCUACGGAGACAGAGUUCAGCCACAACAAUGGGCAUGUUUUAGCGCUCGGCACUUUUUCCAGCUGCGCCACCUGCUCUCUGUGCGGCAAGACACUGCAAAAGAAACACAGCCUGCAAUGCAUGAAUUGUGCUGUGAAUGUUCACAGGAGCUGUAAGUCUCUGCUGGGUGAGUGCACCAGCACCAAGAACAAGAGAGAUUCUUUAUCGAGGACAGGCCCAUCUGGAUCCCCCAGUCUUGCACUAAAAGACCGCCACAGAGACCAGGAACAGUCAGGGGCAGCCUCAUCACAAACCUUGAAUGGCCACGCAAUAUUUGACGGCCCCCCUGGCAUGACCAUCAUUCCUCGGGGACCAAGUAACCAACCGACUGCAACAAAUAACAUCACCACUCCAGGAGCUCCUGCUUUAUACCUCGGCCACAGCCCACGCCACCACAGCAGCUCAGGAUCUCUCCCCGGAGAGAUGGAUGAAACCGACGCUCUUCGCUUCAAGCGCUGCAAUGAAGACACCAUUUCCCUCGUUCCCUCCACUACCGAGUCUAUAAUCGUGGAAGAUGCUCACUAUGCUGCAGUGCGAGCUGAUCUAGAGUGUGAUGCUCAGGACCUGGAAGCAGAGUCUUGGAGUUUGGCCGUUGACCAGCAGUUUGUUAAGAGACACUCUAAAGAGGCCAUGAAGAGGCAGGAUGCCACAUAUGAACUGAUGCAGACGGAAAUGCACCACGUGAGGACACUGAAGAUAAUGCUUCAUGUGUACGUGAGAGAGUUGAAGGAGAACCUCCAGAUGGAUUCAAGCAGAGUGGAAUGUCUUUUCCCGCGCUUGGAAAACCUCCUGGAGCUCCACAUGCAUUUCUUGUCCUCUCUUAAAGAACGCAGGCGAGAAAGCACUGUUAUGCCCACCGAGGGCAACUACACGGUGGACAGAAUAGCAGACAUACUAAUUGCGCAGUUUUCAGGUGAUGUCGGCGAGAAGAUGAAGGAGAGCUAUGGUGAUUUCUGCAGUCACCACACUGAGGCUGUCAGCUACUACAAAGAGCAGAUGCAAACAAACAAAAGAUUCCACAGCAUCAUACGGAAAAUCAACAACCUGUCCAUUGUGCGAAGGUUAGGAGUGCCUGAGUGUAUGCUGUUGGUAACACAGCGCAUUACCAAGUACCCAGCUCUUGUCGAGCGCAUCCUACACAGCACCGAAGAGGGUACCGAUGAGCACACAGAGCUGAACCGUGCGCUAGCCUUGAUUAAAGACACUAUUGUUCAAGUGGACUCAUUGGUUAAUCUGCACGAGAAGACAUGUCGCCUUCGUGACAUCCACAACAAGAUGGAGCCAAAGGCCCUGGGCAAAAUCGAAGAUGGCCGAGUGUUUCGCCGAGAAGACUUAGCGCAGGGUCGCAGACGUCUCCUGCACGAGGGCACCGUCAACUGGAAAGCUGCCUCUGGCAGACUCAAAGAUAUUCUUGCAGUUCUCCUUUCUGAUGUGUUACUCCUGCUACAAGAGAAGGAUCAGCGAUAUGUAUUUGCAGCAGUGGACAACAAGCCAUCAGUCAUCUAUCUUCAGAAGCUGAUUGUUAGGGAGGUGGCACAUGCUGAGAGAGCCAUGUUUCUGAUCUGCGCGUCCUCCAAUGAGCCGGAGAUGUACGAGAUCCACACGACCUCUAAAGAAGAAAGAAACACUUGGAUGACCCAAAUCCGGCAAGCUGUUGAGAGCUGUCCUCAUACAGAGGAGAGGCUGUUCAGUGAAGAGGAAGAAGCUCGAGCUUCCAGGUUCAAAGAAUUUCAAGAACGUCUGAGCCAGAAGGAUGCAGUGAUUGUCCAGGCGCUCUCUGAGAAGCUGCAACUUUUUGCAGACAUGGCAGAGUCUGUGGCAGGUCUGGAGGACACAGCUUCCCGCUCCAAGCUUCUUUUACGGGGUGAUGCCUCAGAUCUCCAGCAGGGGGAAGCCUUGCUUAAAGGAGCCAUCACUGAGGUGGAAAACCUUCAGAAUUUGCUCCAGUCUGGAGUGCGGCGUGAAGUCUUAUCACAUCAAAAUGAAGGGAGCAGCUCUGGACUCCUGCCCAGGAGAGCAGACACUUUUGGUGGCUAUGACAGCAGCCCCACCAUCCUCACUAAGAAUGGCAACAUGAAGAAGAACUUUUCUGGCGAAUCCAGAAACAGAGACCGGAGCCAGCGGGCCAGCUCUGACCCUCAGCUCAAAGAUCUCUGUGGCAGCCAAACUCUGGAGCAGACGGUUGAUGAGAGCUGCUGCACACCAACGAAAUGGAACAGGAUCUGGUCCAACUCAUUCCCCGAGGCAGAGUUCUUUGACAAACUAUUAAUGCUUUCUCAAAGGCUCUACAGUCUUCAGGCCAUCAUAUCUCAGCAGGACAGCCACAUUGAGCUGCAGCGUGUCUCGCUGACAGAGCGCGCCUCUCUGCCUGGGCGCCACCGCGGGAACGUGCUGCUAGAGCAGGAGAAGCAGCGCACGCUGGCCCUGCAGAGAGAGGAGCUCGCCAGCUUCCACAAACUGCAGUCUCAGCAUCGCCAGGAACAGCAGCGCUGGGAGAAGGAGCGAGGGAAGCACCGCCAACAAGUGGAGGCCACAGAGGCAAGGCUGCGGCAAAGGGAGGAGGAAUGCAGGCGGCUGGAGGAGCGACUGGCAGAAGAGAGGGUGGAGUUGGAGAGGCAAAGGGAGACGUACCAACAAGACCUGGAGAGACUCAGGGAGUCCACUCGCGCAGUCGAGAAAGAGAAGGAACGCCUAGAACACCAGAAGAAGAUCAAGAGGAAAACCAUUGAGGUGGCGCCAAUGUCCGGCAGCCUAAAUGGGGAGCUCCUCUUAUCCUCUGGCCUCAGCAGCUCUACCGGCCUCUCCGACACACCUCUGCCCCCGAAGGCCCUGGUGCGCGGCAGCAUGUCGGUGGCACCGGCUGACUACCCCGAACGGCCUGAGGUGACGCUGCGGAGAGACGUCAGCUCCUCCACCCUGCCGCUGAAAACGGAAGUGCCGCUGCACCUCUUCAGCACCACCAACCAACAGCACAAAUUGGUGGGAGUGCAGCAGCAGAUCCCCACCAAGUUGGCCGCCCUCAGCAGCGGCAAAGGCAAGGGAGUGAAGAGCGGGAAGGCAUCGCAGCGUACCGACAGUACUGCCUCGGUGGACAUGAAGCAGAUUCUCCCCCUGAAGCUGUCGGCACGUGACGACAGCGCCGUCAAAGCCAAGCGCUCUGUCAGCCCCCACCAGCCAGCGCCGCUGUCUGCGCCUCCUCUGCCUUCCUCCCUCCAUCAUCACAGAGAUCACCAGCAAAGUCCUUUGGACCUUUUUGGACCAGAUUCUCAAUCCAACAUGAUUAGCGGCAGCCACCCCGCAACAAUCCAGAAGCCCCCCGUGCCACCCUCUCAGCCCUCUCUGCAGUCUUCCGUGCAGCCUGCCGCCAUCCCGGCCCACUCGCACACCACCGCAUCGCUGCAGUUCCCGGCCCAGGUGCAGCCACAAGGCCUUGGCUCGAACCCCCACAUGCUUGCGCAGGGCCUUGGCCUCAGUCACAGCAUGCCGCUCCCGCCGCCGCCGCCGCCCUACAACAUCAACACAGAAGACCUCAACAAGGAAGACGUCAUCUUCUUCUAAACUCUACUGAGUCUCUGCUAUGGAACAGCCACCUGGUGGUCUCUUUUUUUUUUUUUUUAAUACUUGUAGCUCAUUUCUAAACCCAAACAAGAGCAGCGCAAGUGUGGCAACCUUGGGCCUGUUGAAAUGAACGUACACCAAUCCAAAGAUGUCAGCCGCUGAUUUGAAGACGACACUGCCAGGUGCUGAGGCGUCGAAGAAGGGAGGCGCCGAGGCCCGACUGUAGGAAGUCCCCAGUGAUGGAACGCUGUCUGCUUGAUGGUUCAUUUGCACAGUGUAAAUAUUCCAUACCUGACUCUUGAAUGAGCCUUUAUGGUUCAUUUUAUUUUAUUUUUUUGUAAUGGUUUGUACAGUUGUCAGACUAUUUGGAUGUUUAGUCACUUCUGUUCUUAAUUAUGCUUUCAUGGAACAUUUUAUUUGCAGUCAAGUGCUGUUUUCCAGCUCGGACAAGCCCAAAAAUGAGCUAUUCAGCACAUGUUAGACGCCACACCUUGACUCGCUCUGAAAUAAUUUCUUGAAAUCUGCUUUCCCUUCCCCAUCCAUCCAUUAAAAAAAAAAAACUGUUUAUUUUGUUUAAGGAGCCCAACUCAGCACACUUAGGCGGUAUACCCUUGACUAAUCACCUGUCAGUCAAUUUUAAGGUUAAAUUGAAGUGUAACAAGAACGAUUCUGACAUCAAAUCAUAAUGUACCUGUUUGAUAUUAUUGCUGUGACAGUGAUUGAUAUUUUUGGUCUACCGCUUCAAGGAAAAAUACUUUCCCGUGCUGUAAUUCCACCAUGCUGAGACUCGCAGGACAAAGCCUGAAGGUCAUUACUGCGGACAAGCUCGAAACUGUUUGAACACAUUCCUCGCUUCCUCCCACUUUGCGCUCUUCCUCUUUUCUGAGCUGCAGUCACGCAGGGAAGGAGUCUCCCGUUCAUGUCUUGGCCUGCUGAUCAUUUUUCUGUCGGAAUGGGGUCACAUCUAUAUCUCACAUGUGAUGUAUGUAUGUUGGAACAUGGCACUUUUAUUUUAAGGUACCAGCUACGGCAAUCGCGCGUGUGUGUGAUUGAUGACUGAUGACGUGUCAUGAGCAGAUACUGUGGCAGAAAGCUGAUGUCAGUCUUGAAUGUGACUGAAGAAACAUGUCGAUGUCCAUCUCAUGACAUCCAUUAACUUAAGCGGAAAUGUCCGUGAAUCCCUUCACAGACAUUUGUCACCUGUGUAUAUUGUGUCCAUUUGUGUACAUAUUCUUUUUUUUUCCUCUCAUUUUUACAUUAGGUACAGACUUUAUUUGACAUAGCAUAGACGGUCAGAGAACUCACGGUCGUUGAAGUUGUUUAAAAAAAAAAGUGUUUUACCGGUAAUCUCUUUUGUGUUUAUGUAGCAUUGAAGUCAAGGUGCACUGCCCACCGUUUUCCUCCAAUUCCUCACUCGUGAUGUGUCACUAAUGCAAAAUCCUCUUGCUCAAGUAGAUUUCUCUCCCUUGCUGUUAUUGUGCUCCCUAACUGAUAUUCUUCUAAACACCUUUUUUUAUUUGCCAAAACGGAAUUCACCUGAAGUUUAAUCAUUGUGUAAAAACUGUUGAUCAAGAAUUCUUUUUCUUUAUGUCGGCAACCAUCAAGCGCCCUCAUCAGCAUUGUUGAUGGUUUGGCAAACAAACGUCUCCUGGCAAAGACAACUGGGCUGGCAGCGUCUGUUCAUUUUUGUGCUCAUCAAACAUCCCGUGAAGCCCAAAAUGUUUUAUAACCUGGCCGCAUUUUGAGUUGAAGUGACAGACGCAAGACAGUGGAAGAAAGCAAGGCAUUAGACAAUAAAACAUGAAUUACAGGUUUGGGGACAGCCGCAUAUUGUGAGGAAAUGGUAGCAAAAA